GUUACCUGCUGGGUAAGGCGGUUUAAGGUGCAGGCGCGCGCUCUCGGACUCCUCAGCAUCCUGAGUGAUGGAGCUGAAGCGGAUUAUAGGCCAGUGCGCCCCGCUCUUCUUCCUGGCGGUGACCUUUGACCUGGUGGGCUUCAUCGUGCUGCUGGUGGGCCUGUGUGGGUCCCUGCAGAUUGGAGGCCGCUAUUACGGGGAUUUCCUGGCGCUCACCGGCGCCGUCCUCAUGUUCUUUGGCGUGGGAAUGUGGGUGAUGUGGUACGCGGGGAACCUCGACGCAGACGGGAAGCGCAGCGGCUUCUGGCGGAUCGCUAGGAGACUGACCACGCGCCUGAGCUCCAUGCGGGGGAGAGGAGACAGCGGGAAAACCGAGGAGGAGGAAAUGGAGCAGGAAAUGGAGGUGGAAGAGGAAGAUGAUGGAGGAAAGAGCGAGAAAAAUGCUGCUUACACCAACGAAGCGUACGAACCUGCGGACAACGAGACACCGUGAGAGCAGGUUGUACGUGGAGGAUUUGAUAAUCUCUGGAAAACAGAACUCGUCACUUUAUUUCACUGUGUUUCUGCCAAAAAAAAAAAAAA